AUGGUAUCCGAUUUCUUUUAUCCAAACAUGGGUGGCGUAGAGAGUCACUUGUAUCAAUUGUCGCAAAGAUUAAUUCAACGUGGUCAUAAAGUUAUAAUCAUAACGCAUUCUUACGGAAACCGUACCGGUGUUAGAUACCUUGCCAAUGGCCUAAAGGUUUACUAUGUGCCUCAUAUGGUGAUUUACUCGGAAGCAACUUUACCAACAGUAUACGGGUUUUUCCCGAUAUUUCGGAACAUUGUCAUUCGUGAGAAGAUCAAUAUUGUUCACGGUCAUCAAGCGUUUUCGUCAAUGUGUCACGAGGCAAUAUUGCAUGCUCGCACGAUGGGAAUGAAAGCUUGCUUUACGGAUCAUAGUUUAUUCGGAUUUGCCGACGCGAGCAGCAUUCUCAUGAACAAAGCUCUGAAAUUUACUCUGAGUGAUAUCGACCAUGUUAUAUGCGUUAGUCAUACUAGUAAAGAGAAUACCGUUCUUAGAGCAGCGUUGAAUGCUCAUAUGGUUUCGGUGAUUCCAAAUGCAGUGGUGGCUUCUCAAUUCAAACCAGAUCCUAGUGCACCGGAUAAAAAUUUCAUCACCAUCGUAGUUGCGAGUAGGUUGGUGUAUAGAAAAGGGAUGGAUUUGCUCGUGGCAGCCAUACCAAGAAUUUGCCAAAUGAAUCCAAAAGUUAGAUUCAUAAUCGGUGGAGAUGGUCCGAAGCGAAUCGAUUUAGAACAAAUGAGAGAAAAGUAUUUACUUCAUGAUCGCGUUGAAUUACUCGGACCCGUGAUGCAACAUGAAGUUAGAAAUGUACUGAUCAAAGGUCAAAUAUUUCUAAACACCAGCCUAACAGAGGCGUUUUGUAUCGGAAUAGUUGAAGCAGCCUGUUGUGGAUUACUUGUUGUGAGCACAAAAGUUGGCGGUGUUCCUGAAGUACUUCCGAAGGAGAUGAUUAUUUUUGCGAAGCCUGAGGAAGAUGAUUUGGUCGAUGCGGUCAAAGAUGCCAUAAGAAUGAUCACGUGUAAAGAAGUUUCUCCGGCUGAAUUUCACGAUCAAAUCAAGGAGAUGUAUAGCUGGGUCAAUGUCGCCGAGAGAACGGAGAAGGUCUACGAUAAAAUUUGGGAAAUCAAGAAUCCUCCGUUAAUGGAAAGAUUAAGAAGGUAUUAUGGAUGUGGGGUAUGGGCAGGUAAAAUAUUUUGCAUAGUGAUGGCAGUUGAUUAUUUAUUUUGGAGAUUUUUGGAGUGGUUGUUUCCAGAAGAGGGAAUAGAGAUAGCACCCUCCUUUCCAUAUCAAAAGUAUAGAAAGAUGUGUCAAGUGGACGAUAAGAAAAACGAAGAACGUGUAUUAAAUCAGUGA